UAUAUAUAUAUAUAUAUAUAUAUGCACCAUGGAAUCCCAUGGUUAUUCAUCUAUUCGGACAAGUUGGAAAGUUAAAAACUUAGACAGUGAUGAAAAAAUAGUUUUGAUAACUGGUUGGGCAAUUGAUGCUUUCAUAGGAUUAUUCUUAUUGUUUAUUGUCAUUUAUGAAUAUUUCGAUUUGUUUUGUGAUUGGAGAUCAGCACGAUCACGAGCUAAUCAAAAAAGAUAUACAAAAGUUUCUGAUUACUUAAGAGGAUCUGAAAAUAUUGUUCCAUUGUCUCAGGCUGCUGAUAAGAUUCCUCGUUUAUCUAUUGGUGAAAUUGAAGGGACUGGAGCAUUUAUUGAAGAUAAACUGUCGACUGAACUGAAGAAGGAUGAAUUAUCUGAUGAAGACGAUGAAGCAAUUGAAACUGAUCAAUUUACUAUACCAAAAGAAUUAAUAACAAUUUCUGCAAAAGGAGCUGAUUCUGCUUCGCCACUUGAUAAAGCUUCAAGAUGGUUAAGUCUUUAUAAAGAAGAACCACAGGGUAGUGAAAAGGGUAAAAAGCUGAAAUUAAAGCGUAAAUCAAAUGCUGUUGGUAGAGUGAAAAGGAAACAGUUGCAUCGAAGACCUCAUCCAAGCAGUCAGUCUUUCUUGCCAAUAUCUAGAGCUGCAACAGAUGAAUUAGCUGGUGAAUCAUCUGAAAGUGAGCUAGAGUCAGCUAGUGAAAUAUCUGUUCAACGAGAUCCAGUUGUCACUCAAUGGGAUAAAAAUAAUAGACAAGAGAGAAAAAAGAGACUGUGA